CAAAAAUGACAAGUUCAACAACGAAAUUCCAAGAAAAUCUCAUGCAACUCCAAGACAAAUUCUGUGACUUCCAAAGAAACAUCAAAAUCAGCAAUGACCAAAUCGCACUAGAUUCCAUGCCUAAA